CUUCAGCCGUCCAGCUCGGAGAAGGAGGUGGAGCGGGACGUGUUCUUGUUCCGAGCCUACAUCGCCCAGAGGAAAUACGGCGUUGUCCUGGAUGAAAUCAAAGCCAGCGCUGGUCCUGAGCUCCAGGCAGUGAGAAUGUUUGCACAAUAUCUGUCAAAUGAGAGUCAGAGGGAUGCGAUUGUUGCUGAUUUGGACAAGAAAAUGGCAAAAAGUGUUGAUAUAGCCAAUACCACUUUCUUAUUGAUGGCUGCUUCCAUCUAUUUCCACGACAAAAACCCCGAUGCGGCUCUGCGUACUCUGCACCAAGGGGAGAGCUUGGAAUGCACAGCCAUGAUGAUACAGAUUCUUCUGAAGCUGGACAGGCUUGACCUGGCUCGCAAGGAACUUAAGAAAAUGCAGGAGCAAGACGAGGAUGCGACUCUUACUCAGCUGGCGACUGCCUGGGUGAACCUGGCCGUAGGUGGCGAGAAAUUACAAGACGCCUACUACAUCUUCCAAGAGAUGGCAGACAAGUGCUCCUCCACCCUCCUCCUCCUCAACGGCCAGGCAGCCUGCUACAUGGCUCAGGGCAAGUGGGACGAUGCAGAGGGAGUGCUCCAGGAGGCGCUGGACAAGGACAGCGGCCACCCUGAGACCCUGAUCAACUUUGUUGUCCUGUCGCAGCACUUGGGCAAACCGCCAGAGGUUACGAAUCGCUAUUUGUCACAGUUGAAGGAUGCGCAUAAAAAUCAUCCAUUCAUCAAGGAGUAUCAGGCAAAGGAGAAUGACUUUGACCGGCUAGCCAUGCAGUAUGCCCCCAGCGCCUGAGGAGAGGGGAACCAGGCUGCGGACCUGCUCUGGGGUACCUUGGGAACAGGGGUUGAUGGCAAAACCUCUCUGGGAACAUGGGAAAAUGCCCUCUGGAAGUCAGCCUGGCUUAACCCCCUGCAGCAGGGUCCUGCAGCCCAGCAAGCCAGCGCUGAACCUGUACAUAAUGUGGAGCUGCCUGAGUUUGGUAGCUGAAAAGCCUGUGUUCUGGCUCAGCCGGGCCCUGAGCUCUGUUUAAAAUACAGUGUGAACCAAGAGUGUGCAACACUGUACCUUAAACAUUCCUAAUAAAGCCUUGUCUGGA